GAAAGAAUAAAGGAGGAAAAGGAGUUUCGCCAUUUUUUUGUAUCCAGUACCAGAAAGUAAGGUGGGAAUAUCUAACUGCAGAACUGCAAUGCAGUGGACCAAGUUAGAACUCCGAGCCCGAAGGGAGGCUGACUCAUCUGAACCCAAACCGUCAGCAGCACCAGACCCAGAGCCCAAACCUCCAGUUCUAGCACCAUCAGUUCCGGCCUCACCUGUGCACCCCCACUAUCACCACCAUGAAUUUAGUGACAUCAAGAACAAGUUUAUGAAUGAACUGGGCCGAACACCAAUUCCUCUGUGGGCAGUAGGAGCUAUCCUAGUUGUACUCCUGGCUUUAGUAGCCUGUAUCAUCUUCUGUAUUGCUAAAAAGUGCUUGGGCAAAAAAAAGAAAGCAAAGAAGGUGCGAGAGAGGAAAACUGGCUGCAGGAGGAGGGGCGAGAGAGAAGGAGAUGGUGAGGGUGGCGAUAAGGAUGAAGGAGAUAAGAAAAAGGGAGAAGGAGAGGAGAAGGAACAGGAGAAAUUGGGUAAGCUGGAGUUCUCCUUGGACUACAACUUUACAGAGACCCAGCUGAUAGUGGGGAUACUCCAGGCCCAGGAUCUUGCCGCAAUGGAUAUGGGGGGAACAUCAGACCCCUACGUUAAGGUCUACCUGCUCCCUGACAAGAAGAAAAAGUUUGAGACUAAGGUGCAGCGCAAGAACCUGUGUCCUGUCUUCAACGAGACCUUCACCUUCAAGAUUCCAUAUGCAGAACUUGGGGGAAAGACGCUGGUGAUGCAGGUCUUUGACUUUGACCGCUUCUCAAAGCAUGAUAUUAUUGGUGAAAUCAAGAUCCCUAUGAAUAGUGUGGAUCUUGGCCAACCCCUGCAGGAAUGGAGAGAUCUGGAGAGUGGAGAAAAGGAAGAGCAAGAGAAGUUGGGAGAUAUCUGCAUUUCUUUGCGUUAUGUUCCUACAGCUGGCAAACUCACAGUCAACAUCAUGGAGGCUAAGAACCUGAAGAAGAUGGAUGUUGGUGGCUUAUCAGAUCCAUUUGUGAAAAUUGUGCUGCAACACAAUGGGAAACGACUGAAGAAAAAGAAAACAACUGUUAAAAAAAAUACUCUAAACCCCUACUUCAAUGAGAGCUUCAGUUUUGACGUUCCUUUUGCACAGAUACAGAAAGUGCAGGUUCUCAUAACGGUGUAUGACUACGACAAGCUUGGAAGCAAUGAUGCCAUUGGAAAAACUUUUAUUGGCUACGGUGCGUCAGGGAUAGGGCUACGCCAUUGGUCAGAUAUGUUGGCCAAUCCAAGACGACCUGUUGCCCAGUGGCAUACUCUGCAGCCUGAAGAAGAAGUGGAUUCUGCUCUUAAAGGACCCCAUCGCUAACCUUUGCAUCAUUGAGUAGUCUCUAAAUAUCCUUUGUUGGUUUGUGUCCCCAUAAGUAGCAACCUAAAUAUUCUGAACUUAUAGCCUACCUCCCAGCUCAACAUACUUCUUUGUGUCUGUUAUUUGAAUCUUUACAUGCAUGUUUCUUCUCUGUGAUUUGAUGCUAUGCAGGUGUUUGUUGCUUGUUCAUAUGUUUUAUUUCCACUCACUUUACUGCAAAGAUUACAUUGUAAGAGAAAGGGUCAAGCCAUUACAGAAAAUGGAUGGAAGGAUGGAUGGAUAUGAAAACUGGAAAUGCAAUGCUCUGCUGUUAUGUAAAAUAUUAUUUGUAAACAUUAUCUGUUUAUGUAGGUACAUUUUUGCAUAUACAUAAUCAAACUGAGUUAUUGAAUUGGCAAAUUUAUUGUUCUUCUUAUACAUUUGCCUCUCAACAGCACCUCUCCUCCUAUUGAUCUACCUACAUGCACACAUGUGUACCUGUCAGACACAAUCGUUUUAUCGUACUGUAUCGCUUGCUGUGAGCACUGAAUGGAUGGGCCCAGAACAGUUGUUUAUUUGUUCGGCUAAUAUGGCAGGCUUAAAUCAGCUUGCAGUCUGCAAUCUGCACCAUUGAUCUUUUGAAAGUGAGUCACAUGUGACUAAUCUUUGUGUCACUUCCCUCUCAUGUCUGGUCUUUAUGCAUGUGUGCAUUUCUGCCCCAUGAACCACAUGUGAGCUAGGCAAGAUCAAAGGAAUUUUCGAAGCAGGUUUAUUGCUCUUCUCUGGUCCCUGUUCAAAGGGGAUUUUUUCUUCCCUUGCCCCCAAAUGCCUGUAAUUUACUCUGACUGGAUGGGACCCUUCAACCACCCCCGCUCCAUUGUCUCCCAUUAUAUUCUGCUUGU